AUGUGUGGCGCGCAGGUCUCGGACGGUGCGCACGCUGGAACGGGCACCAUCAUGGCCAGCGUGCGCGCAGUCAUGCCCAACCACCCGGCCUGCGCCGAAGCCCUGGCCAUGGCCAAGUCCUCGCUGCCAGCUUCCAUUCUGUACCACAGUUUCCGCGUCUACCUGUUUGCGCAGGCCUUUGCGCGCCUGUUCCAGGACAACGGCGAGCCGUCGCCUCCACCGCCCAGCCCGCUUGCCCCUGGGGGACAGCCCGACUCAACAGCUUCGGCGGCCGAGCUACCCCACGCCCUGUUCGUCGCCUGCAUCCUGCACGACGUCGGCACCGCCGCCGAGCACGACGCCGUGCCGGAGCGGUUCGAGAUUGUGGGCGCCGACGUGGCGGCGCGCCUGCUGCGUGCACACGACACGCCCGAGCCGGCCGUGCGCGAGGCGUGGCUGGCCAUCUCGCUGCAUACGAGCCCCGGCAUUGCCGAGCGGCUUGGCGGGGCCGUCCGCGCCCUGCGCCUCGCCGUCCGCGCCGACUUUGGCUCGUACCCGGCGCCACCCCCCGAAUCGCUCCCUGGCGGCGCCAACCUCAUCCGCUGGAAGCUGCCGCGCCUCGAGAUCGAAAAGGACCUCGGCAACGCCGUGGUCCGCCAGGCCCUCGCCGACCCGCAAAAGGCGCCGGCGGCGUCGUGGCCCGCCGAUCUGCUGAGGGCGAAGCGGGCGGAUCCCGGCUGGGAGGGCGUCAAUGGCGCGUUCUAG